AUGACGCGACGAAAGGCAGUGCUCGACGCCGCCGGAAUUGGGUUAAACCAACACGGAGCCGUUGUGUGCUCUCGGCGGCUCGGCCGUUAUCCUCGGAAGGAAGGCCGAGUUGCUGCCGCCGACGGCGAAGCCAUCUGGGUACGGUCAAUUACACGCGCGGCUAAUUACAGUUCGAAUGUUGGCGACAGAUGCGCAACAUAAACGACACACCCAGAAACGAGCAAAUCGGCUGUCGUUGCCUUUUUUUCGAGAUAUCGUUUUUCUAAUUGGAUAAUUGUGAAAUCUCAGAGAAAGAAUCACGUUAAAAAAAUCAAACACUUGAUUAAAAACAUAAAUUUUUUUCACAAAGGCCGGUAUCAUAGUGACACUUGGUGAAGGAAAAAGCUGAAAAAGUUUGAAUCAGAGAAAAAACUCUCCCUAGGUUCUUUGAAAGCGCACAAACCUUGCAUGACCUGCAGCAGAUUGAAAAAAAACCGCUCUUUGCCUCGAAAUAAAUUCUCUUAAACUAGUAUAUCAAACUAAAAGAAAACCUUCAAUGAAUUAAAACCUCAAAAUAAAUUUUUAGGCUCCACCAAUGUGUAACUAACCAUCAAAUUAUCUUUAACUACGCUAUCGCGUUUUUUGAAACCUUUGCAAUAAUUGAAGCUUGUUAUCUGUAUUUCAAACUGACAAAUUCAGCACAUAUCCUAAUUUGAUCGUAAUUGAAUUGGAACACCUUGAAUUCCCCAAAAGAAUAACUCCCACAACACCAGUGCAAAGGAAUUUUGUCGCCAUUCUGCGGUUAAUUCUGAGGCCGAACCACUUGGCAACUUUUGUCUUGCGCGGGCUCAUCGUGGCUCUCCGAGCCAAUUACUUCGGGUGCAGUUAUGCGCUCCAUAAUUACUACCAGUCGCAAUUAGGAGACGUCCGUUUAAGGUCCGCGAAACAUGGCUGCGCUAACCCCCAAAACGUCCACUUUGUGUCAGUUGAGCUAAUUAGAAACGAUAAAACACAGUGAAUUGAGUCUUUUGAGUGAGUCUUCAGUGUAAUCUUCUGAAAGAGUAAAAGCGAAUCUUGCCUCAAGUCUUUCAAACCUAACGUCAAACAGGAUUAGAAACACUUAUCAUAAUGUCCUCUAAAUUUCAGACAAACGAUCUAAUAGAUCAACAGUCGUCGACAGAUCUUUCCAAUUAAUGAAAACUUGGUAUAAAAAUUUACCUCUCAUCGAGAAAGUCUGAAAUCUGGUAUCCGAUGACGUUCUCCUUAGCUCUCGAUUCGAACGCAUUUCUGAAAACAGAUCUUUUUACUGUCAAAACACGGUAAAAAAAAAUUAAAUAUACGGGAGUCGACAGGGAAAAUUUCACAAAUUUCAAAAAAAUGAUAUUGAUCAGCGUUUUAUAGUGGUAUCAAAAAAAAAUACACAACAAUGAUAACAUUGAUGCCGUGUUCAAAGUAAUUCCGCGAAAUUCAAAAUAGCUGUCAGAGAAAGAGAAAGAUAACUAAAUUUUGGAGGGUCAGAGACCAUUUUGCAUUUCGCGGAAAUUACUUUGAACACGGCAUGAGAAUUUUUUUUCAAUUUCGAUUGCAAAAUUGACAGCAAAUCUUAAAAACAUAUAAAAAUUUAAUAAAAAUAUUUUUAGAAAAAAUUCAUGUUAACAUGAAUUUCCUGUUAUAUUGCAAUGAGUAUCAAAAGAAAAAGUCUUUCAAACGUUUUACUUUUUGCGCCUUUUUCCAUAGAGCGCAGAGUUUUAGAUUUUUUUCUUGCUUUUUCUAUUAUUCAAUUUUUUUUCUUUUUUUUUAAAUUUUUUUACCAGGCUAAUGGGAAUUUGGUCGUAAUCAUCAAUUAUCUUUGAAAAAAAUUAUGAUAGAGUUCAAAAAGUCAGAAGGUCUAAAAACCAGAUUGAAAAAAAGGUGAGCAUUGAAAUUUCAUUCACGAAUAAAUCAUUAUUAUUAAUAAUGUAAAAAGUUCGUUAAGUUUUUUUGAUACUAUUCUGAUAAGCAGGUUAUUCUAUCGCUUACAAUGGGUUUCUAAUUUGUGCCUACAAUUCAUAAAAUCAGGUAGAAAGUUGCAAAGUUUUUUCCAACUCGGGCAAAGUCGGAAUGGUGGAUAAUGGCCGCUAAAAGGGAGAGGCUCAAAAAAGGCCGCAGAAAGGCAGCAAAAAGGCAGCAAAAGGCAGCAAAAAGACAGCGAAAGGGAGCAAAGAUACUUCCUUUAUCGAGCCUUCCAUUUUUCUGGGAUUUUAAAGGCUCGAGAAAUGGUGGAGAAAAGGAGAGGCAGCAAAAAUGGUGCAUAAGGGCUGAGAAAAUGGAGCAAAAAGGCAGCAAAAAGAGAGCCUUCGUCACCCUAAAAGGAACAUUUCUAUGGUCCUUUAUGGACCCUCGGAGGGUCCUUCCGACUCUGCCUAUGAAGUCUAUUUUUAAAUCUCAACAACCCCGAAAUUUUUUGUUUUUCAGCCGUCUGGUACGGAACCUUAUUUCUUUAAUCCUUUUUGUGCAUGUGUUUUCUGGCUUGCUCAACAAUUUCAGUAGUACUUCAGUUGUUUUUUCUACUCGAUUCGGUGGCAACUCGGACAAUGGCUUGUCCUCCAGCGGCGCCUCGCCAAACAAACGAUCCAUUUGCCCUUUGGUUGUUAUCCGGCGACGGAGCUCCGCCUCCAGGCUGUGCUGGCCACGCCCAAAGGCCCUCUGCCCAUUUUUGGAGACCACGUCUCUGAUCCGAGCACUCAUCUUCCUCAUGUGUUGCUUCUUCUCCUUACUACUGCUUCUAGCCUCGGUAGGAGCUUCAGAGCUUUUUUUCGCAAUCAUCAUCCAGAAGAGCUCAUUUUUUUUAUCUCUUCGAAGUGAUUUCUUGAGCUGCUGGUGAAGUUGAUAAGUGGAGAGCUUCACUAUAAAUACAGUAAAGAAAUAGUUACGAAAUAUAUAUCAGUUUCGAUAAGCAUUAGUUUUCCAGCUAUAUUUGAUUCGCCUGUGUCAUGAACAGAAUGAGAUAGUUCUCAAAACCUAAAAACUUCUCUCACAAGUUUCAUCUUGAUUAUUUCAGGCAGCAGUCGUUCAUAGCAAUGUCGUCAACUACAGGAUACAUGAUUUGAAUGGUACUUUUUGAACUUUCAAAAUCAAUGUAAUUAUUUGUUCCAGAUAAUGAAGUGAAUGAAUGCGUUGAACGAGCGAUGGAAUAUCUCAUGGACGAAACUUGCUUAUUUUUUUCCGAAAAUCUGAAGAACACGAGUCUCCAGUCACCUUCUUACAAUCAACGUGAGUUUUAACUUUAGUUUUUUUGUCACCUAUCUAUUUUCCAUUUGGAAUUUAUUUAUUAUCAUCUCGUGCUAUUUUGCUCUCUUCUAUUAAUUUUUGAAAACUUGCACCGUUUGAAUUGAAUUUUUUCCUGUCAGACCGAACAUAUCGGAAAAAUCAAGCUUUUGCUCUUCUUUUUUUGCAUUCAGCCGAACUCAAGUUUUUUUGUUUGACAGAUAUUUUCAGCUUCCUUCUCUCGAUUUCGGUUCAAAUCGCUCCCGAAAAAAAUAAUCACAAAUUAUUUAUAAAUAAAAUUGUUUGUAUUCAUUGCCUUAUGAAGGUUUUUUUGGGAGUAUAUGUAUUGAAUUUUUUUGCACUGAGAUAUUUUUUUCCCUUUUUUUAUUGCGACAACCAAAAAUGCAGAAUGAUUUAUAUCAACUUUUUUUAAAUAUCUGUUCUGAAACCAAAGCAUUUUUCACAUGAAACGAGUCGAAAAAUUCCACCCUUCAAAAUUCUUUUUCAAUUUGAUUUUUUUCAGCUUAUAUUUUUCAUUUUUCAAGAUUGUUUCGCUAAUCGUUAUUUAAAAUUUUUGAAUUUUUUGAGUUUCAAUUCAUAGAUUUUUGUUCAUUUUUCAAACUUGGAAAUUUUUGAGAUUGAGAUAUUUCAACUUUUUAUUUUUUGCCAAGUGAUGUCGAAUUCGCCUUAGUUUUUGGUGACUAAUUCGGUACACUCACUUUUGUACCUGCCAGCCGACGUUGGCCUUCCCACCAACGGCCUAAUGCGAGGAUUUGCAGGCACUGCGCCUGGCAAGCGUCCAACCGAACCGUCCAUCUCGGCCCGUCGUGCAUUUCGGUAAAAUUUACGCCACAGUCAAUUAUUGCGCGACGACCUGCACGCUCGAUUUGGCGCAUUCACACCGAUUUCCAACGGAAUACAGGAAGUUGUUACAGGAAGACACGUGCCUGAACUUGCUCGCCAGCAUGCUCGACGCGAAUUUCCCGCGUCAUCAGAUCGUCACGCAGAUCAACCUCCGAUACAACUGCACCGGUGCGUUUGAAAAACUGCAAAGAAAUAGGGUCUAUUGUUGGUCUCUAAAAGCUGUCUCCAAGGAAGGAUCAAGUUUCAAAGUUCAAUUAUAUAACGCUCUGAACUUAAAUAGUUCUUCUGAGUGUAACUGGCAUCAUUUAUUCCAGUUUUUUGAUACUGAGUAUCACUCCGAGCGCUAACUUUAUUGUGAAGCUCUGAAGAGGUUUCAGCGGCUAAGAUAUUUUUUAUUGACAAAGAGUUCUCUCCUGUGACGGCGAAAAUCAUUUUCCCUUAUAAGGGUUUCGAAGAGAAGUACUUUUUUUAAAAUCGGAAUUCUUAUUUUUUUUUUUUUCAAAUUUGAGCGGCUCCAACGAUUUUUACCGACGACCUCGGCAAUUUUUGACGCCAAUUCUACUUUUAUUUUACUCAGAAUAGUUUCGUUUCACUAUGUGGUUCACUUUGCCUACCUUCUAAUCUGAAAAAUAACCUCGGAUAUUUGAAUUCGUUAUAAGAAAAUUUAGUUUCAUAACUGUUUUUUCUAGAAAUUAGGUUUUUUAGUUGUCUUAUAGUUUUGAAUCUGAAAAUUCUGAAGUUCUGAAAACCCAGGGCUGUUAUUUUCGGUGGCUGGAUUUUUCGAAAAAGAGAGUCGAAGCCAUUUGCACAAUUGGUACAUUAUUUCUCGACGUCCUAAUCCCGGCCUUUCUGCAAGAAGACCUAAGAAUGACCACAUUCGAUGCUAAAUAGUGGCGGAUGAGCCGCCGAGGAGUCGGGUGUCCGAAAAUCAUCAAGCAGCGAGGAAACCACGAAUUUCCUACUUUUGGCCGCGUUGCACAAUAGCCGCGGACGGGUCUAAUUGCCGUGUGUCGAAGCGCAUUACCGGAAGGUCUCAGGUUGCCGUCGUGGUAUUUGCCGACCCAACGGUACGUGUGUGUGCGGCCAGAAAAGGACAGGUGGAGGGGUCAAGUACCUCCGGCGUUACUUCUGCCUUCUUCUUCUCCACCGCCGACCUCACUUUCGGCUCUAGAAAUAACAAAUGGCAGAACAAUGCUCUAGCCGACUGUAAGGGAUUUUCUGAGAGUGCCUGAGCGUGGUGAAGCUCUCAGCUAGAAGUUUUCAAAGAUCAAAAAAUCGGCCUAACUUCGAGCCUGCUUUGGAGAAUUAUUGGCCUUUUCGAGCGCUUUUCAUGAGUUCUCCAGUGAGAUACACAUUAAUUUAGACAGAUAAGCUUUAAGUUAAAAAUGUUAUCGAGACAGUUUUUUUUGCUCCGAGUGCUGUAAAUAGAAAUUUGAAAAUUUCAAAUUGGAGUCGAAAUUUGUAACGCUUCUAGGGUUAUCUAAGUGUACGGAAAUGUUUUUAUUUCCAUCGCCAGCCCUCUAAAUUCGAAUACAUCUAGUAGGGGUUGUCAGUGUUGUCAAUGUAUUCGUACAAAAUACUGAUAUUAAUCUUAUUCGGAUAAAAUUCCCGAAGAAAAGAAGACGAAAAAAUGAUCGAUUUUUCUUCCAGAAAAGUGCACGACAGUCUGUGAACACGGCGGCGAACUGCGCGACGACUGCACCUGCAAAUGCGAGUACGGCUUCACUGGACAAAGGUGAGGUGUUCCUUCGAAUCAGACCUUUUUUUCCCUCAAAAACCAGUAGAACAAGGAAUUAUCGAAAACAACUGAAAGCUUAGUUCUCACCUUCAGAUGCGAGAAUUUGGCGCGUGAGUCUUCCUUCACGGAUUCUUCCUGCGGCAUCGUCGACUCCAAGGCUUCUGGAGGCGUCGUUUCGCUCUCGACUUUCCCCGACUCCCGCCCCAAGAUCACCUUCUGCCAAUGGCUCAUCAAGGUAAAUAGUUUCCCUCUUCUAACUUUUGGAAUUUCAAUUUACCGGAGAAAUCAUUAUCAAAAACACUUUCUCAAUGAACCUGACAUUUUUGGAAACGGAAAUUCUCGACUUCAAAUUCAACGAAUUUUCGAAGCAGAAAAAGUCAAACUAUACUUAGAAAAGUAUGGUUUUCAAUUUUAUAGUUAAUAAAAGCCUUGUUUUUAGAUGCAAAUGGAUUUUUGAAAAACGAAGUUUUAAACGUGCCUAAAAUUUUUUUCCAAUUCAGAGAAAAUGUAUUAAAAGACUUACGAAGCGCGUAAUUUUAUGCAUAAAAAUUUUUUUUAAGUACUAGAAGAUUAUUUUUGAGAUCAAGUUCUGCACGAGUUUUUAGUUUUCUAGAAAUUCAGACACCUCAGAGUUUUCACCCCACUGAAAAUCUGAAAUAUUAUGAACUCAGAAGGGUCUUUUCCUGAAAACUGGGAAGUUCUGAAUUUCAAUAUUUUAUCGAUGAUUCAAAAGUAUUGACGCAAUAGAAACAUCCAAGAUCUUGGAGACCCUGUUGGGAAUAAAGUUGGUAGUCUAUUUAUUCGUGAAGGUAUCAUCAGAUCGGAAUUGAAGUGAUCCGAGUACUUGAACUGAGUUUCGCACGCUCUAUACAUUUGAAGAGCCUCGAGAUAUCCCACGAUGGAAAUUGCAGACGGACGACGCCUGGGGGCUUGUCGACGCCGAGAUUGAAGUGCUCGGCCUCGACGACGUCAACGUCAGUCCCGACCAGAACUGCAACGACCGCCUCAACUUCUACGGCACCAAGGACGUCAAAGGGAACGUACGUUGUUCGAGUUUUUCCGUUCAUAAGAUUGGGGUCAUGGCUGUGUUUUUCCUGACACAAUCGGUAAAAUGAAAAGAUUUUCAAGUGGUUUCAAGCGUCCUAGGGGACCGAACAAAAGGAACAGCUCUGAAAUUUGUUUUGAACUCUGCCCAUGAAUUUGAUGGGUUAUUGUGCUUCAUUGAUGAUUAUUUUAAAAAAAUCUUUUUCAAAAAAUUUCUGCAAAAAAAACUUACUAGAAUAAAAACGCUUACUUCAAAUUUUCGAAUAAACUCAUCAAAAUUAUUAACAACAAAGUUUUGAAGUAAAGCCUAUUGAAAAUCUGAAGAUGGCUCUUAGUCUUUAGAUAUUUUGGAGAGGGGUCUCGGUUUCUUUAAAAACCAGAUCAAGUUUUUUUUUAAAAUAUUUUUUAACUUCGAAAAUGCGUUCAGGAGAAAACCUUAUCAGAAAGUUUUUUUUCCAAUAAACACAACUUUUCAAUACCAGAAAGCAUCUCAAUUAGAAACUGCUUGCAGGAUCCCAUGCGACGGUUCGCGGAACAUCACGCACGUAAGGUCGUCCUCCAACUGGCUGCUGGUCGAGCUCCGCAGCGAUCCUUUCUCAAGCAGCAGUUCGUUCACCGGCCCCAAGAUCCGCUACAACAUCAUCCGCGCGCCGUCUGGUCAGUCCAUGUCUCCGUUUUUGGCAUCUUCGAAUAAUCCAGCACCAUACGGCUGCUGUAAGAAUAUCCCUCUCCGCACUCAUUAGCAUCCCAAGCGAUUAUUCGCCUUCACGUUAUUCUACCAAAGCACUGGAUUUAAGUUGAUCCUUGAUUGAAAUUCUAUGAGUUUGAGAAAACGACUGGGACUCUCUGAAAAAAAGGGUUUUUGUCAGCAAUUUUAAAUGACUCACAGUAACGAUUUCAACUUUAUUGACUUAUUGCAAAAAGUCUUAACUUUAAAAAGACGUUUGGAAACUUUCAAAAAAUUUUUCUGUGGGAAUAUUUAUCAGAAAGUAUGUGCUCAGAACUAAAAUGAUGAAGUGCUAGAGAAGCACCUUAAAUUGGGUUCUCUCCAGAAGAUUCUUUAAAAAAGUCUAACUCUAACUGGCUCAAAGCAAGUCUGCGCCAAGUAGCACAGGAAUUUUUCCAGUUCAUGCUCUCCAUUGAGCUUCAUCACGCCAAGUAGGUUAUUUCAACUCUUCUCAAGUGCUUGCGCAUUUGAAUAGCUAGCGGGAGCAUUUGAGUUGACGAGCCGCACGACCUUAAGUAAUUGAGUUCUUGUUCUCGGAGCGCAAUCAUCCGGCCCAUUCGGCUCCUUGGCUAACAUCUUUCCGCGCACCGAGCCCAAUCAAUGCCAAUUUUCAGCGGUCCGCGUCUUCUCCGAAGGGAUGACCGCCUCGGCGACCACCAACUUUGUCUCAUUGUUCGCCUUGUUCGUCGUCGCCGCCUUUCUAUGAUCCUCAAGUAUUCUCAGACCUGA